UGGUGGUGCUGCCACUACGGAGGGGGCACCUGCCGCCACCGCUGCCACCGCCGCUACUGAGGCGCCUGGUGGCGGCCCGGCGGGGGGUGACAGCGCUGCUGCUGCUGGGGGUCCUGCUGCGGGUCCUGCUGCUGCGGCGGCGGCAACUGCGGGUAACAACAGCGGUGCCGGCAGCGGGCAGGAAGGCACCGCUGCUGCGGCGGGUGCGGGUGGUGAGGGCGGUGGUGAGGGGGCUGCAGGAGGCGAAGGUGGUGGUUCCGUGGUGCCUCUGAUGCUGGACCCCGCCACCCUGUGCGCCAUACGAGCUACCCUGCAGCGUGCCGGUCUGAACCCCGCCCACAUGUCUGACCUGCUUGCCUCGCAUGGACUGGGGCUGGCGAGCGAUGUGGAGCCGGAGGUGGUGUGCAGGGUGGCGCAGGCCCUCGCCUCCGCCGGGUUCGACACGGGUGUCAUCGUGUCCUUCCUCUUCCCGCCCGACUGGGAGGAGCUGGCGGCCCUGGCGGCGGCGAUGGCGGCGGGAGGAGGCGAUACGAGCACCACAGGGGGUGCGGGCGGCUGGCUGCUAUCCGCUGGCAGCGGGGGCAGCGUUGGUGCGGGGUCGCCAGCAGCAGCAGCAGCAGCAGCUGCAACCGCGGCAGCUGCAGCAGCCGGCGGUCUGUUGCUGGGUCGUCCCGGCCCCUCCGCUACUCCGCUGAGUGAGGUGCAGCUGGAGGCGAUGCGGGUGGCGCUGGCUGCUGCGGGGGUGGAGGAGGAGGCGGUGGCGGCGGUGCACACGUGGAGUGCGGAUGUGCGGGCGAUACAGACCGUCUCCUCCGCCCUGGAGGCUGGCGGCUUCACCCCGCUGGAGGUGGCUCGCUUCAUCGCGCCCGCCGCCUCCGCCGCCCUGAUCGACGCGCUGGGGCGGCGGGGCAUCACCCCGGCUGCCGCGGCGGCGCUGCUGCGACCGGACGGGUGCGGACUGGCCCGGGACCUGGACCCGCAGGAGCUGGCGGACGCCGCAGCUGCCAUGGCCACAGCCGGCUUCACCGCACCUCAGAUGGUUCGGGCCAUCGGGGCGGAUGAGGCGGCGCUGCCACCGCUGGAACCAGCCGGCCUGUCCUCCUGUCAUGAGGCGCUGCUGGCGGAGGGCUUCAGCCCCGACGAGCUGGCGGAGGCGGUCCUGGCGGAGGGGGGCGCGGGGGUGCGGGACGAGAUUGGCGCGGGGACGGUAGCCCGGGUUGUAGCGGCCCUGGCGCAGGGCGGGCUGGACAGCGACGCCAUCCGCCGCUUCCUGCGCUAUGACGUGGUGCGGGCGGCGCGGGCGCCCCUGCAGCCCGCGGCCCUCACGGCCAUGCAGGCGGUGGUGCAGGGGGCGGGGCUGCUGGGGGAGGCGGGGGAGGGAGCGGGGGCGGGGGCGGGAGGGCCUGAAGGACGCGGGGUGUCAGCGAGGGGGGCUGCUGCUGCUGUUGCUGCUGCUCCUGGUGCUGCACCAGCUGCGGCACCAGCACAGCAGCAGGGAGAGGCGGUGGCGCCUGAGGGACCGCAGCAGCAGCAGGGAGAAGCAGCCGGGGAGGAGGGUGCCGCAGCUGCUGCACCUGCUGCUGGUGAGGGCGGCGGCUCCAAGGCGGCUGCAGGCGGGGGCGGGGCGGAGGAGGAGGCCGCCUCCGCCACCGCAGCUGCCGCGGCGGUGGCGGCUGCAGCCAUGGCUCGAGCUGCUGCCGCGGCAGUGGGCCCCGCAGCGGCAGCAGCAGCAGCGGGCGGGAUGCGGGGGGUCAGUGGGCGGGUGCUGGGCGGGGGGGUGCGGCGGGAGGCGAGUGCCUCCGUGCCCCUCGCCGCCCCCCCGCCGCCCCCGGUGCUGCUGCCGGACGGGUCGGGGGUGUCACCUGAGGCGGGGCCGGGGCUGGUGGCGCAGAUCGGCAGUGCGCUGGUGGAGGCCAUGUUCAAACCCGCGCAGAUCCGCGCCUUCCUCAUGCCGCCCGCCGCCUCCUUCUCCGCAUCAGCACCCCACCACCACCUCCCAGACCCCGCCUCCUCCUCCUCCGCCAUCCCCACCCCCGCCGGUACCGGCGAUGGCACGCAGCCCUCGUCCCGCCACCCGCCCCUUGGCGCCCGCUCCCACCUCUCCCCACGUGACGUGGUUGUGUUUCGUGCCGUGUUGGCGGCAAGCGGCUUCAGCGCGCAGGAGCUGAUGGAGCUGGUGCGGGCGGACGGGCGAGGGGUGGACCCGGAGGCGGAAGCGGAGCUGGUGGCGAGGGCGGUGGCGGCGCUGGCGGCAGCGGGGUUCAGAGGCAGCGAGGUCCAGCUCUUCCUGGAGUUGCGCGACCCCGCGCCCGCCCUCACCCCCGCCGAGGCAGCCGCCGCACGGGCCGCGCUGGCCUCGGGCGGCUUCACGCAGCUGCAGCUGGAGUCGCUGCUGCGCUGGGACGGGCUGGGGCUGGUGUCGGAGCAGCGGCAGCAGCAGCAGCAGCAGCAGCUGUCCGCCUCGCAGGUGGAGAUGGAGGGUGCGGGUGGUGCGGGGUUGGGGGGUGCGGCUCCCUCCCCGCAUGUGAUGGCCCAGGUGGCGGUGGUGCUGGCGGGCGCUGGCUUCCCCGCCUUCCACAUCUGCCAGUACCUGAGUCCCAAGCUGCCGCCGCUGCCGCCGCAUAUCGUGGCGGUGGGCAGGCGCUACGAGCUGCCCACCGAAAGCAGCAGCAGCACCCUCCGACCCAUCGCCAGUGAGUCCGUAAGCGACAUCCCGCCCCGCAGCUCCGACGCCUCCUGUGCGGCAACAGCGGGGCGGGAGGACUCCCAGCUGGCGCCCGGAAUGGAGCCCUCGGGCUUCAGCAUGCGGGACGAGGUGGGCGAUAAUGGGCCCUACGCCGCGCCUUCGCUGUCGCUGCUGCCGCCGCCGCCGCCGUCGAUAUCGGCGGUGUCGGCGGCGCGGGACGGACCGCUGUCGCGUCUGUCGCUGCCGCCGGCGACGCUGGCGGCGAUGCGAGCUGCCGUCAGUCGGCGGUGCAAGGCGCUGAGUGUGAAGCAGAUGCGGCAGAUUGCUCCGCACCUGGGGAAGCAUGCCACGUCGGGGGCGGCGGCAAAGGCAGCGGCUGCAGCGGCCGCGGCGGCAACAGCAAAGCCGGUUACGGAUGCAUUGACGGCGGCGGCGGCGGCGGCUGGCGACGCAGGCGAGUCAGUAACGGCUCCGCCGCCGCCACCUCCACCUCCUCCUCCACCCGCUGCUGCUUCUUCCUGGCUCCCAAGCGACCCUGAGGUAACGACACGGGUCGUACGAGCGCUGUCCGCGGAGGGAUUCUCGCCGGAUCACAUCCGGCGGUUCUUCCUGCAACCCGCCGUCACGGCGGCCGUGGCGGCGGCGGAGGUGGCGGUGGCGGCGGCGCUGCCGCCUGAGAUCGACGAUGAGUACUUUGCGGCGGCGGAGGUGGCGGCGUUCGUGGACGAUGCCCUUGCGGCCAUGAUUGAGAGCCUGGAUCACGUGACGCCUCCGCUGCUGGUGCUGAUCAAGGCGCUGUUGAAGUCCUCCGGCUUCACCGCCCAGCACCUAUCCAACCUGCUCUCCGCCGACCGCCGCCGGUUGGACCCCGACUGGGACGCGGAGAGCGCCGCGAUGCUGGUGGCGGCGCUGGCGGCGGGAGGGUGGUCGGCGCGGUUCAUUCGGCUCAUGCUGACAACGGGUCCCCCGGUUCCCGCCCUCACGCCCAACGAGCUGGGCUCGCUGAACGACGCGCUGCUGGACGCCGGCUUCUCCCGGCGUCAGCUGCGGCUGCUGCUGCGGACCGACUGCUCGGGUCCGGGGGCCGAGCUGGACUCCACGUGCCUGGCCCAGAUGGCGGCAGCGCUGGCGCAGGCUAACUUCACAGCCGGCCAGCUGUGCCAGUUCCUGGGCCCGCCGCCCACCUCCGCAGCCGCCAACGCACCCGCCGCGCCCCCGCCGCCACCGCUGCUCUCACCCCUCCUAGCUGCCCUCAACGCAACCAACAUCACCGCCUCCUCCUCCGCAAACAACGCCGCCUCUAACACCGCCGCUGGCGGCAACAGCACCGCACCUGCAAACACUUCUAACGGUAACGGUAACGGUAACGGAUCGCUAACCGCCAAUACCGUUGGCGGCGGGGCUGCGGGCUCCGGCUGGGGUGCCCUGCAGGGCCCCGGUGCCGGCGGCAUGAGCAUGGCUGCGGCUGCCUCCGCGGCGGGUGCUAGCGCUGCCAGCGGGGGUGUCAGCCUGCUCGACGUCCGAAGCAUGAUGGACAUCCGCAAUGUUGCUGCCAGCUGCGGCAUCAGCAGCCGUACACUGGUGGAGAUGGUGCGGCCGGACGGGCGGGGGCUGCUGCCGCAUGCCGACCCACGGGUCAUUGAGCGCGUGGGUCAGCACAUGGCCAACCAGGGCUUCACGCCCUCCCAGGUCCAGCGCUUCCUGCUGCCCCACGGCGGCUGCGGGUACGGCAGCUUUGACCACCCCACCGCAGCUGCCGUACGCGCGGUGCUGCUGGCGGCGGGAUUCACACCAGCAGACCUCAAGGCCUCCCUCGCCUCCUCCAGCACCACCCUCAACCCCGCCGUACCGCCCGGCACCCUCGCCGCCAUGUCGUACGCCCUCGCAGCCGCCGGCGCCACGGCGGACCAGAUACGGCACUUCCUUCGCCCGCCGCCAGCCGCCGCCUCCGCCGGCAUGGGUGCCGUACCUCCCGCCGCCGUACUGGCGGCGCAGGUCCGGGAGGCGCUGACUGCGAGUGGGUACGCAGCGGAGCAGUUGGUACGGAUUGUACGGCAGGACGGUACGGCUCUACGUGCGGAUACCGGACCGUUGAGGCUUGCGCAGGUGGUGGCUGCGCUGGCUGCGGCUGAGGUGUCGGCGGCUGCCAUUCGGGUGUUCGUCAGGCCCCUGGGCGGUGUGUCCCCCUCCAUGGCGCUCUCCCUGCGUGCUGCCCUGGAGCGGGUGGGGUGGAGCCGGGAACGCAUCAUGGAGGCCUUCAGCGCGGAUGGGAACGAGCUGAGGCCCGAUAUCGAUCCGGCGACCCUAGCUGAGGUGGCUCUGGAGCUCUCCUCAGCAGGGGUGAACGGAGACAUCAUCCGACAGCUCUUUGCGCUGGCUGGCGGUACGGCAGCGCUAGCAGCCCCGUCACCCGAGCAACAACAACAACAACAGCAGUUGCAAUCAUUGCAGCAACAACAACAUCAACCGCCUUGGGCCCUGUCAGCGGCGGGGGCAGGAACAGCCGGUGCUGCUGCUGGAGGGGCUGCGAUAGGAACGGUGUCAUCGAUGCCCAUUAGUUCCGUCGGCAGCGUUCCUUCGGUCCUAAGCGGCGUCGCGAUCGGCGGCGGCACUCUGCCGGAGCCGGCCACCGGGUCCACUGGCUUGGCGAUUGGCGGCGGCGGCGGUGCGGGGGCACGGCGCGGCGGCAGCAUGCAUGCGAGCGGACACAAUGCGGCUGGCGGCGGCGGCGGAUUCCCUCCGCAGCUGCUGGCGAAGCUGGCGGCUAUGAAGGAGGCGAUUGUGGGCGCGCAGGGCCGACCCGAGGGUCGCUCCUCCGCCACGGCGCUUCCGGCGGUUGCGAACGUGAAGCAUCUGGAAGCGUUUGAUGUGCAUGACACGGCCAAGAUGAUCGUGCUGCUGGCGCAAGCGGGCUUCUCAGCGGAGGACAUCCGGGCCUUCCUCAGUAUGGACCCUCGGAUCCUGGCAGCGCCCAACUUCCCCUCCUUCCUGGGUGGCGCAGUGGGCGGCGGCUCGGCAGCCAACACCGCCACCGCCGCAGCGGCCCCGGGAGCGGGUCUGGGCGGCCUGGGCGGACCCCUGACGGUGGGCGCCAUGCGGGCUCAGCGGCGCAGCGACCCCGGGCUGUCCCGCAGCAACACAAUGAGGGACCGCGUACCACCCGCCAGCCCGCUCCUCCCCUCCGCCCGCAACCUCACCCCCACCCCCCUACUGCAGGAACGCUCCAGCGCACGGCUCAUCUCCGUGCUGGCGGCCGGCGGCAGCGCACUGCUCAGCAGCGCCCUCUCCAUCAGCAGUGUCGCGCCGUGUGACCCCGCCACCAACAGCAGCAACCCCCCUGACGGCAGCGGAGCCAGGCAACGGAGUGAAUCUCCCAGUCCGGCGGCGGGAGGAGGAGGAGGAGGAGGAGGAGACGGUCGCGGCAGUAGUUCCCGCAGUCCCCUAGGUACCACCACUGCCGCCCUGCCGCUAGAGGUGCGAGGGAGCGGACGCAGGCAGACAGGAACGGGUGGUGGAGAUGCAGGUGGCGGUGGAAGCGGAGGCGGAGGCGUC